ACAGUUGAGUCGCCAGCGUUCAGCGCGCCAUUGCCAGGUGAUUGCACUUUGGACAGUUGAACUCUGCACGUUUAGAAAACGAUAAACAUCAUGAACAUGGCGAGAGAAUAGAAUUAAUUACCUAAUAUUUGAGAUGUUCGUUAAUAAGUAUACACCUCCAGCAAUUAGGUAUUACAUCAAGAUUCUUUAAACUACUUCGUCAGAGAAACAUAUCUAGACUUCGUACCUCUAAAUAACUAAUGUUCAAUUUACGUGAAUUGUGUUUUCUCUUAGCACACGCCUGCAACGUUUCAAAAUUUCAAACCGAGAUUUAUCAUGUGUAUUUCAAUUACAAACGAUUUCGCAGCAUUUAUGGUUUCUAAUUCAGCAAUCAUGAUUUUUUUGCUGUCACGUGGAGUUUGACGAUCGACAUUCUGAAGAAUUCUGAAGUAGGAAGCAUCACGAGAUACUAACGGAAUCACAACAGACUGUGUGUUACUUAUUGGUUUCGUUAUAGCAGUGUUGUAGUAUAAAACCGAAUUUAAAAAUUACGACAGGACAAAUCUAAGAUUGUGGCAAAAGACCCCGCAUAUUUCCUUUAAAUACCAUUAAUAUACGCCAUCACUAAGUGGUUUCCAUCUCUAACCGUCAAUUGACAAGAAUCAGGAAAGCUAGCUGAAGAUUUGCAGCGACAAACAGGAACCACGGACUAUAAUAACUAAUUCAUGUAAAUAACAGGCAAUAUUAAUUGCACAAUUCGACCAAGUUAUCAAAAUAAUUAUGUAUUUAUUCCGGAUUCUUUUUCUGCAACACACAUCACGAAUACAUUAUGUAUGAUAGAUAUGUCAUACUGCGUUUUAAGAGUCUUCACAAUAUAUAUAGACAUCACGAACAAGGUCUCAUUGAAACGCCAUCGUCAUUUCGUCGUCAACUAAGAUCUCAAGACCGUACCGUCGAUCAUGGCCUGGGACACAGAAGACACGGAUGGAAGCACUACUGCAAUUGGUCCAGUUCCUGGAACCGAUCUCUCACCUUCAAUCCGUGUUCCGUGGAGUAUUGUAGUCGCAUUGAUGCUCCUGGUCCUACUUUGUAGCCGCAAAAUUCGGUUCUACCUCAAAUACCACUCUUUCGCUGGAAUCUAUUUCUUUUUCGGCAUCAUCAGUAUACCUAUUAUGCUCUUCAACGCCUGUGAUCCAAAAUCAACCAGAAUUCCGAGAUUACUGGUCCGGAGGGUGCAGAGUCCACUAUUCGGUAUCACGACCAAGAUGAUCGGAAUGGAACGAUAUCCGGAAGGCCCCUUUGUCAUUGUCUGUAAUCAUCAAAGCUCACUUGAUUGUAUAGGUUUAAUGGAGCUCUGGCCUACCCGAUGUGUAAUACUCAUGAAGAAAAUGCUUAAGUACGCAGGACCAUUCGGCCUGGGAGCCAUCUUGGCCGGGUCCAUCUUUGUCGACAGGUCUAACAACCGAAGCGCCAAAGACACUUUAAGCCAAGCUGUAAAGAUCAUUCAGACCAAGGGUUAUCGAGUAUUCAUUUUCCCCGAAGGAACCAGAAAGUUACCAAAGGAAUCAUCGGGGACGAUUGGCAAUUCAGAACCACUGCUCCCGUUUAAAAGGGGAGCAUUCAACCUCGCGAUUCUCUCACAGGUUCCAAUUGUACCUGUCGUCUUCUCUUCGCAGAAGCAUCUGAUUGAUUUCAAGGAAUACAAAUUCGUUUCCGGUGAAUACACAGGUGUCGUCCUGCCGCCCAUAUCAACCAAGGGGCUGACACUUGAGGAUGUUCCUGAUCUCAGUGACAGAGUCCGUUCCCAGAUGAUCGCUUGCUUCAACGAACUGGAACAAACUCAGAGCCGCUGAGGGCGCUGUCCUAGCUAUCAUGGACCUACUAAAAACACCUGACAUGUAGGUCCAUGCGCCAAUCAAGAUCGGGUUCGAUGACUUCGAUAUGACUUGUGAAAACUGCAGCGUUGGAUCAGCAACUAAUGUUGCCACAAAACCGUCAAAUACUGUGGACACGGUGGAAAAUACAUCUUCACAGCUUUUAAAGACAUCGCGAAACGACACAAGUUGGUUUCAAUCUAGUCCGAACAUUUCUCUGUUGAUCUACGGACAUUUGCUAUUCUUCGCACAUCGAGGAUACGGCCAUUAUGACGAUUUCGGAGCCAGAAAUGUACUAUACUCUAACAUGGACCUAAACUCUGAUUACAGUAAAGCUUGAUAUGGCAAUAAGCCCUAGCAUUACCAUUAUAUAGGCCCCACCCAUUAUCAUCCACAUUUAGAAGAGGAAAAAUCACUCCAUGUGGAGUGUUGCCGUGGUUUGUUACUCAGGUCAACCAACAUGGUUGCAUUAAGACUUACAAUUUGUACUUUGUACGUAAAGAAUCCAUGUUGUCCCACAUGUCUGCCCUUCGAUCAUGACUCAGUCACACUGUAGCGAGGACAAUCGGACCGAUAAAAUACCGAACAAACAAUAUAAAACAAAAACACGGUUUUCAGUGUGACCAGUAUGGUCAGUGUGAUCCGAUAGAGGUUCCCACGUACACUAAACAGGUCAUGCUCGGUCGAUCCCAAUCAUGAGGCAUGAUCGGCCAAGAACACCUUCAUUAUUUUGGGAGCGAUGCCUCCCCCUCCUUUUUUUUUUUUGGGGGGGGGUGCCAAAUUUUUCGCGCCAAUUCUAACCCCGUAUUAGUCCGACUCUGGAACCGCGCGUGGUAUAAUUAUGAGUCAAUUCAACAAUAUUUAUCAGGUUUCAUGUUCAGGCAUAUGACAGAUUAGGAACGCAAGUUUGCUACUACAUUCAUAAUCUCGAGGUUUGUUUCAUAUUCAUACACUUUUAGUCUUACAUAUUUAAUGACUAUCUAAUAAUUGUUGAACCAUAAACUACAUUCACAUCAACGAAACCACUCCAGACCGUUCAAAGUUAAUUCAUUAUUUCAAAAAGGGGUAUCAUCGGUCAGUUUGGAGUCUGCAUCCUUGAUGUGAUUGGAUAGACUUUUUGUUCUUUCAAACGUAAGUGGUUAUGGAUAAAUAAAUGCCUAACAUCGGUUUCACGUGCAUGGGAAAUCUGUGAUCAAACGUAAAAGAUUCAUAAUAUAGUUAUGGUUUGUUCUGACUUAUCUUUUAUUUCAACUGUAAUAUAUCCUCAGGAUGAUUAUACUCUCGCAUCAAUAUACCAUUUCAAUAAAUAUUUAAGAUAUUUCUGUUUGA